AUGCUACAACAUAUCAGGAAAGGUUACAAAAAAUAUCCUGGUAGGCUUGAUAAGUCACAAACAAAGUUGAGUUUUGAGGCUAAGAAGGAAGGACAGGGGGUAGUGGGCGAAGGGACAUGUGGCAAUCUUGUUUUUACCAAGUAUACUGCUACAAAAAUAAGAGAAUCAAUUUCACAGAUGAUUAUUGUGGAUGAGUUACCAUUUAGAUUUGUGGAAGGUGAAGGGUUUCAGAACUUCAUGAAGAUAGUGGAACCUAGGUAUUCAAUUCCUUCCCGUUAUACUAUGAUGAGAGAUUGUGUUAGGCUUUAUAUGUCUGAGAAGGAAAAAUUGAGGGCAAUGUUCUUGACAUCCGAUAUUCGGGAUUGUCUUACCACUGAUACUUGGACUUCGGUACAGAACCUAAAUUACAUUUGCAUCACUGCUCAUUUUAUUGAUAGUAAUUGGAACUUGCACAAAAGAAUUUUGAACUUUUGUUUACUUCAUAACCACAAAGGUGAGACCAUUGAGCAAAAGAUUAGGUCGUGUAUGCUUGAGUGGGGUAUUAGUAGCAUUUUCACUAUCACAGUUGACAAUGUUUCUUCUAAUGAUAUCGCUUUGGAAUACUUGAGGAAGAGAACGGCUCAUAGGACUGGUGCCAUAUUGGAGAAUCAAUUUAUGCAUGUGAGGUGUUGUGCGCAUAUUUUAAAUCUUAUUGUGUCUGAUUGUUUGAAAGAGGUUGAUGAGUCCAUUGUGAAGGUUAGAAGUGCAGUGAAAUAUGUGAAGUCUUUUCCCCAAAGAUUUGAGAACUUCAAAUAUUGUAUGGAAAGGGAAAAAAUUGCUUUCAAGGAUUUAUUGUGUCUUGAUGUUCCAACGAGAUGGAACUCCACCUUUAAGAUGUUAGGUGCUGAAAAAUGUCAGAGUCCUUUUGAUAUUUUGGAGGAGUAUGAUGGGAAUUAUGUUCUUUCGUUGACUGAGGAAAAUAAUGCUAAAAAAGGUUUGGGACCCCUUAAUUAUGAUGACUGGGAUCGUAUUAAGACUUUUCUCAAGUUUCUCAAACUUUUUUAUGAUGCCACAUUGCGACUUUCAGGGUAUUUGUAUGUGACUUCUAAUAUGUAUUGGCAAGAAAUUUGUAGCAUUCAAAUGCAUAUACAAUCGUAUUGUGAUAGUAGUGAUUAUGUAUUGAGUUCUAUGGCGAAGAGAAUGAUGAUGAAAUAUAAUAAGUAUUGGGGAGAUUUAUAUAAGGUUAAUGUGUUUAUAUUUGUUGCUGUCAUACUUGAUCCACGAACCAAAUUGGGGUCAUUGGAAUUUUGGUUCAAGUAUGUUCUUAAUGAGGAGCAAUGUACUAAUAUGGUGAAAAAAUUGAAGCACUACCUUCAAAAAUUAUAUGAUCACUUUGAUGUUGGAGAGACUUCAUCUCAAGUUGAACAUGGUAGUGUGAACUCAUCCAAAUUCCUAGUACUUGCUAAAAUAGCACGUAUUGUGUUGGCCAUUCCCAUUACUACAGUUGCUUCAGAGUCUGUGUUUAGCACUGGAGGGCGUGUGUUGGAUCAUUUUCGAAGUUCAUUGGCCCCCAAAACAGUUGAAGCAUUGGUAUGUGCACAAAAUUGGUUAAGAUCAAAACCCUUGAGCAAUGUCAAUGGUUGUGACACAGAGAUAGUUAAAGAUCCUGAAAGUUAUAAGCUCGAUUCAGGUUUUAUGUGUGCUGCUACUACUGCCUGGGUAGUUGCUGCCUGA